UCCUGUCGUUCUUUAGUUCCACAACACGCGUGUAUCUGACGUUAGCUGCCCAGAAACUUUGGUGACAUGAGUGCUGAUAAUAGUGGUGGAAAUGUUUCUGUGCCUUUACGAAAUCUUCUGAACUCCAUCCAGUGUGUUAGAGACCGGGUCAGAGACGGAGAGUCCAAUGAGUCAGAUGGAGCGUUCAAUCUCUCUAACUUCUGGGACACUCUGAACCAGGCAGUGAAGGCAGUGUCCCAGGAAGCCACUAAACUCAGCCUGGCCUUCUCCAGACCCCCGCUGCCAUCACAACAGGACGGAGAGAAGUUAGCAGAGUCCAUCCUGAAAAGUGUCCUCACUCUGUCCACUGUGUACUACUGGCUACCUAAGAGCCAAGGUGUCAGUCUGCGGCGACAGGUCCGAGACGCCACAGUCCAGGUUCUGGAGGGAGUCACACAGCUGGUCGAGGUCAUACUGAGCUCACCGCUACAGAGUCUGUCCCAGGAACAGCUGACGUCAACAGGAGGUGUGUGGUCAGCCUGCGACCACUUUGCCCAGUUACCACAAGAUAAUAAAGCAGCAGUGCUGGUGGUUCUGUCCAAUCAGAUUGGAGUUGUGAAAGAUGCCAUAGAAGAAAUUGAACAGGCACUGUCUGAGGCCCAGGACCCGUUCAGUGACGUUCUCGAUGAUGACCAGGAGCCUCGAGGCAACCAGGACACAUAUUGGUCGGAGAAGGACAGACGUGUGAUUGGUCCAUGCCAGGGGCUGAUGAAAGCGUCAGCCGCAUGUCUAAGGAAGCUGACGUCAGCCAUCAAAGCCAACGGGGACGUCACCACGUGUCAGAACCUGGCUCAGCUCGAUGACCUGGCUGACAUCACCAAGGAAAUCAGUCCUGGUGUUGAUGAUCUGGCUCUCUCCCUCUACCCACCGAUGGACUACAGCGGAGUAGAGAGCAACGCUUCUAAAUUGGCAGCACUGUUGAAGAAAGUUCUGGAGAUCAUCAGAUCCAGUCAUGUGUGCGGGGAAUCCCAGCUGAUGUGGGUUCAGUUCUUAGAUGGAGCCGUCGAUCACAACCUGCAAAAAGCCAAAGACUUUAUUCAGCAAGACAGCUAGUGUGUGUGUGUGUGUGCGUGCGUGUGUGUGUGUGCGUGUGUGUGUGUGUGUGCAGAGCAUGUUUAAGAACUGUGCAGUAUCAAUGCUUGUAUAACAUACAAAUAAAAGGGAUGUCUUGAGUCCUAACA